UCCCACUCGCUCUCGUUCCCUUCCCCGUUCCGUCUCUCCUCAACCAACCUCUACUCUGCUUCCUUUUAACCCUUCCCCCUUCCCCACCCCAUCAAGAAGAAGCAAGCAAGCAAGGAAGAAGAACAGCCAGAAGAGGGAUACCCGGUAAUAAUCAAAUCAAUGGCCGGCUUUGAAGGCGUCGUCGUCUCCGAUCCCUCGCUCCACAACCAGUUCACCCAGGUCGAGCUCCGCUCCCUCAAAUCCCAGUUCUUGUCCAUGCGAACCAGUAGUGGCGGUGGCGACGGAGGGCCGCUUACUGUUCGGGAUCUCUCCGUCGCCAUGUCGAAGCUCAAGAUCGCCGGCGACGGCCUCUCCGAGGACGAGAGGGCUGUCCUCUUGGGAGAGUCCUUCCCUGAUCUCGACCACCAAGUCGACUUCGAGCUCUUCCUUCGGGUGUUUUUGAAGAUGCAAGGGAGGGUUGGAGCGAAGAACUCGUCCUCGGCCUUCCUCAAGGCCGCCACCACUACUCUGCUCCACACCAUCAGCGAGUCCGAGAAGUCCUCCUACGUCUCCCACAUCAAUAGCUACCUUGGCGAGGACCCCUUCCUCAAGAAGUACCUCCCUAUCGAUCCGAUGACCAACGACCUGUUCGAGAUCUCCAAGGACGGUGUUCUCCUCUGUAAACUCAUCAACAUAGCUGCUCCGGGGACCAUCGACGAGCGGGCGAUCAACACGAAGAGAGAGCUGAACCCAUGGGAGAAGAACGAGAACCAUACGCUGUGCCUUCACUCGGCCAAGGCCAUUGGCUGUACUCUCGUUAAUAUUGGGACACAGGACUUAGCUGAAGGGAGGCCUCACCUUGUACUUGGACUAAUAUCUCAAAUUAUCAAGAUUCAACUGCUAGCAGAUGUAAACCUAAAGAAAACUCCUCAGCUUGUAGAGUUAAUUGGUGAUAGCAAGGACGUUGAAGAGCUGAUGAGUCUGUCACCAGAGAAGAUUUUGCUUAGGUGGAUGAACUUUCAAUUAAAGAAAGGUGGCUUCAGGAGAUUGAUAACCAACUUCUCAUCAGAUGUGAAGGAUGGGGAGGCCUACGCUUGUUUGCUAAAUGUUUUGGCUCCAGAGUAUAGUAGGAAGCCUUACCCAAGUACUGUGAAGGAACUUCUUGAAAGAGCAAAAUUAGUUCUUGAGCAUGCAGAUAGGAUGGGUUGCAAAAGAUAUCUGACUCCAAAGGACAUUGUUGAAGGUUCACCAAAUCUUAACCUUGCCUUUGUUGCCCAUAUUUUUCAGAAAAGGAAUGGCCUAUCAUCACAGAUGAAACAGAUCACAUUUCUUGAAGCAAAUUCUGAUGAUCCACAAGUUUCAAGGGAGGAAAGAGCAUUUCGGUUAUGGAUCAAUAGUCUUGGAAUCCCAACAUAUAUAAACAAUGUGUUUGAAGAUCUUAGAACAGGAUGGGUCCUUCUAGAGGCCCUUGACAAAGUUGCUCCAGGUAUAGUUUGUUGGAAGUCUGCAAACAAACCUCCUAUUAAAAUGCCAUUCAAAAAAGUAGAGAACUGCAAUCAAGUUGUCAAGAUUGGGAAACAAUUGAAAUUUUCCCUGGUUAACAUUGCUGGAAAUGAUAUUGUGCAAGGGAACAAGAAACUCAUAUUGGCUUUUCUGUGGCAAUUGAUGAGAUACAACAUUCUCCAACUUUUAAAGAAUUUGAGAUUCCAUUCUCGUGAAAAGGAGAUAAAAGACGUUGAUAUAUUGAAUUGGGCUAAUGAUAGAGUAAAGAAUUCUGGAAGGCAUUCACGCAUGGACAGCUUUAAGGAUAGAAGUCUUUCAAGUGGAAUUUUUUUCCUUGACUUGCUGAGUGCUGUUGAACCUCGAGUUGUGAAUUGGAGCCUUGUAACUAAAGGAGAGAGAGAUGAAGAAAAGAAAAUGAAUGCAUCUUAUAUUAUCUCGGUCGCAAGGAAGCUUGGCUGCUCUGUGUUUUUGCUUCCAGAAGACAUUCUGGAGGUGAAUCAAAAGAUGAUGCUUACUCUGACAGCUAGCAUCAUGUACUGGUGCUUGAAGAGACCAAUCACAGAGGACAGAACUGCGUCCUCGGAUGGUGAAAACGGGAGUUCAUCUGAAACCACCUCGACCUCAGCUUUAGAUGACACUGCAUCAGAGUCUUCUUUAGAUGAUAGUGGAGGCAGAUAAUUCUGAAUCGGCCACACCUCAUAUUCUAACAAUAUCAUCUGACAAGAAUCUUCUUUUCUUUUCUUUCUUGCUCCUCCACCAUGCCACAAUAGCAAGCUUGCUUUUUCGCUUAAAGCUGGGUUUGUAUGCUUUGUGUUGCUCGUUAAAUGAUAUGUGAUGAUGUUUAUUUCCGGAUGAUGUGGUUGUAUAUACUAACCCAAAACUCAGUUGUUGUUACCUUUGAGGCGGCGAAAUCAUUUUUAAUCUUCGCAUUUCAUAUGUACCU